GGUGCCGUCAGGUCGGACUGGGGCAGUCCCUCGUUGUCCCCCCACCCCCACUCGCGAGCGCUUCACCCAGGGGAAACAGGUCGAGACCUUCCCGAGCUGCCUGGAGCUCUCGGCCGGCAGCGGAACUCUUCUUACCGUGCCUGUGCCGCAAACGGCGGGGGAGUCGCGUCGUGCCCACGCCGCCGCCAGGAUGGCUGUGCUCACUCUCCCUGUCGUGCUUUACAGGAAGACGAUGCGCCCAGGCGCGGCCACCUGCAGCGGCGGCAGAGCUUCGCGCUGGUCCGGGGGGCCGCAUUGCUGCUGCCUGCCGAGGAGCCGCCAGCCUCCGGACCGUCCCCCGCCGUGCAGCCCGGGCGGCAGGAGCGGCACCUCCAGCUCAUGAUGCAGCUGCUGAGAUCACAGGACGCCAUCCAGCUGGCAGUGCAGCUGGAGUCAGCGUGGCCACAGCGGGUGCGAUACCUGCUGGUGGUGCGGCCAGAGGAGGUGGGCGCUGAGGGACAGACAGCACUGCUGGGCGUGGACUUCCCACACGAAGGGGCCAACUGCUGCACCCUGGGCAUGGUGCUGCCCCUCUGGAGCAACACCCAGGUCUUCCUCGAUGGUGAUGGGGGGUUUAGUGUGACAUCUGGGGGGCAGACACGCAUCUUCAAGCCCAUCUCCAUCCAGACCAUGUGGGCCGUGCUGCAGGAGCUGCACCGUGCCUGCAAGCUGGCAGCCCAGGGUGGGUACAUCCCAGGGGGCCCAGCACUGGCCUGGGUGCAGGAAUACGCAGCAGCACUGGACUCGGAGCAGAGCUGCCUCAAUGAAUGGCUGGCCAUGGCCGACUUGGAGUCCGUGCGGCCUGGCUUGCUGCUGCCCACAGAGCCAACAGAGCGUGCGGUGCGGGCACUGCUGCGGGAUGUGCUAACAUCUGCUGACCUGGAGAGCAUCACUUCUAAGGAAGUGAGGACAGAGCUGGAGCGGCGCAUGGGGCACAGCUUGGAACAGCACAAGGACUUCAUUGACAAUGAGAUGCUGCUGGUGCUGGCGCAAAUGGACCGGCCUUCACAUGUCUUCCCACACAUCUACCUGGGCUCUGAGUGGAAUGCAGCCAACCUGGAGGAGCUGCAGCAGAACUGUGUGACUCACAUCCUGAACGUGGCACGGGAGAUUGACAACUUCUUCCCAGCACUGUUCAACUACAUGAAUGUGCGGGUAUAUGACGAAGAGACGGCCCAACUGCUGCCCCACUGGAAUGACACCUUCCUUUUCCUCUCUGACAUCAAGGCCCGUGGGGGCCGGGCGUUGGUGCACUGCCGCAUGGGGCUGAGCCGCUCGGCAGCCACAGUGCUGGCCUACGCCAUGAAGGAGUUCGGGUGGUCCCUGGAGCGGGCACUGCGCCACGUCCAGCGCUGCCGGCCCGGCGUGCAGCCCAACCCCGGCUUCAUGCGCCAGCUCGACUUCUACCAGGGUAUCCUGAACGCCAGGUGGGUACAGCGGGCCGGGCACGCUGCGGUCACGCCCCUCUCGGGGGCAGUGGGCUGUAGGACGGCGUACCUGGGGGGCAGAGGCGAAGCCCGCGGGGUCCCACCCGCUCGGACAACAGGAACCGGGACUCCGUGCGGGCGGGGCUGCGGGUAACCGCGGUGCUCGU